GCUGCCUUUGGCCGCGCCGGGCCCACUACACGGCUCGAAGCGAUGCUUCUUCCGGCGCUGCGGCUUCGCCGCCGGCCCCCGGUCGCGUCCCUCCGCCGCCUCCUCUCCUCCACCACCUCCUCCGCCGCCGCUGGCGGCGAGGGUGAUCCCCCCGUUGAUGCCGAAGCGGCGACCGCGGCCAAGGCUAAGGCCCGCGCGGAGGCGGCGGCGCGGGCUCGGAUGGAGGCGUACAAGCAAGUCCAAAACUUCGACUGGAGCAGCGGCGCCGACUGGAAGACCGCCGCCAACAUCCUCUUCACCGUGCCCCCCAAGCGCAAGGAAUUCGGGCUUGAUUUCCACCUUGUGCAGCUCUUCUUUGUCUGCAUGCCCUCACUAGCUGUCUAUUUAGUGGCCCAAUAUGCACGGAGAGAGAUCAAAACGAUGGAGGCGGAAGCAGAAGAGAAAAGGAAAAAAGAUGAGGAACUUGAGAAACAAAAGCAGCUCGAGGAGGAAUCUGCUAAGGAGGAUGCUGACUCAAAGCUUUCAAAGGUAUUAGACAGGCUAGAUACACUAGAGGGGGUCGUUAAGGAAAUUGUGGAUGACAAAAACAAAGUUCCUUCUGCUGAUAUACAAACCAAAGAAGGGGUUGUGAAGAAAGAUGAAGUAUCUCCAAGCAAGGCUUCCGAUUUGAAAAGCAGUGCAAGUGAUACUCAGCCAGUUACAGUCAAGAGUAAGGACAGCAAUUGUGCUGCAAAUGCUUCAGCAAAUACCGCACAACCAAACAGUAAGGGGAAUGGAGAUAAGGCAUCUCCUGCUGACUCCAAGAGUUGAUAAAUCAUGUUUUUUUCUUGGAUUUAUUGGAGCAGUCACUGUUGUAGGCAUCAGUCAAAUGCUGACCCCCCCCCCCCCCCCCAAAAAAAAAAAAAAAAAUGAAUCAGUGAAUAGUACGACCAAGCAGAGAAAGAGCAAGUGAUAAUGUGGUUACAUGGUUCUUGUUGGCAGGGAGUCAUUUGAGGUUUCUAGCAAGACGGGUGUUUAGCUAUGCAGUUUUGUCCUCACGGCUAGGUGAAUGAAUAUAUGUAAUUGCAAAAUCAGGGGUUUCACACCUGUUGUAUGGUGGUCUUUCGAAAAUUGCAGCGGGCAUUUGUAGCUUGUAGCACCUUUUUGAUGAUUGAGGUCUGUUGGUCUUGGCCUUGACAGAUCUUUCUGCUUACUUUCUGCACUAACUAGGAAGAAGCAAAUAUACCUGUCUGGUUGACUGGUUCUGCAACUCGUGACAUGAAAAUUCAUUGAAAUUGUCCUUGCCAGAAACGGUUAUAAGAACAAACAUUGCCUCUUGGCAACUCUUGGCUAGUAACAAGGAGAACUUACUAGUAAGAACAAA